GUAGCUCGGUUCCUGGACACCUCAGCUCCUGCACGGAGAGCGUUCACCCGGUUGUUCCUGGUGGUCCCUCCGCAGGCUCCUCGCACCUCAGCUCCGGUCUGGUAUCCGUCAGCAGACCCGCUGCCUCGCACUUUAACCCGAACUAAAAACCAAUGCACUCUACCGGUGGUCGCUGGACCAGCUGGGUCUGUCAUAACUGAUAGCCGGGGCUAGCUAGGAGGCUAGCGGAGUGUUGGCAGCGCAGGCAGCGGGUAGAACACUCGGUCCGGAAGGCGGACGGAGGGAGCGCAGCAUGGGCCGCGGGAACCACAACCAGGUGCUGGAGGAGAAGGCGGCGAGCCGGAGUCAGAGUGAAGUCAACAAGAGGCUGAAGUACAUCAGCCUGGCGGUGCUCGUGGUCCAGAAUGCAUCGCUCAUCCUCAGCAUCCGAUAUGUCCGCACAUUGCCGGGCGACCGCUUCUUCACAACGUCUGCCGUGGUCAUGGCGGAAGUCCUGAAGGUCCUGACAUGUCUGCUCAUCAUCCUGCUGCAGAGGAAAUUCAAUGUGAAGGAGACGGUGUUGUUCCUGGUCGACUCCAUCGUUUUUCAGUACAAAGACACUCUGAAAAUGUCUGUCCCGUCCCUCAUCUACACUCUGCAGAACAACCUGCAGUAUGUCGCCAUCUCCAACCUGCCAGCCGCCUCCUUCCAGGUGACGUACCAGCUGAAGAUCCUCACCACUGCUCUGUUCAGCGUGUUGAUGCUCAGAAAGUCUCUGUCCAGAGUCCAGUGGGUUUCUCUGCUGCUGCUUUUCGCUGGAGUCGCCAUCGUACAGGUGCAGCAGGAGGGAAACAAGGAGGCGUCAGACAGCUCCAACCAGAACUACAUGGUGGGUUUGGUUGCUGUGGUGAUCAGCUGCCUGUCAUCGGGGUUCGCUGGGGUUUACUUUGAGAAGAUCCUGAAGGGGAGCUCCGCCUCCGUCUGGGUAAGGAACGUGCAGCUGGGGAUCUUCGGCACGGCACUUGGAAUGCUGGGACUGUGGUGGAACGAUGGCGCCGCCGUCGCCGAGCAUGGCUUCCUGUUCGGCUACACCAACAUGGUGUGGUGCGUCAUCUUCAACCAGGCCUUCGGCGGGCUGCUGGUGGCCGUGGUGGUGAAGUACGCCGACAACAUCCUCAAGGGCUUUGCUACUUCCUUCUCCAUCAUCGUCUCCACGGUGUUGUCCAUCUACCUGUUUAGUUUCCACGUGGACCUGCUCUUCACCGUGGGGGCGGGGCUCGUCAUCGGGGCCGUCUACAUGUACAGCCUCCCCAAAGCGGCCGGCAGCAGCUCCUCGUCCCUGAUCUCCUCCUCGUCAUCCUCGGCGUCUUCAGUGUUGCCGAGGACGGACGGAGGCGCAGAGUUGGAGGCGUUUCUGCCAAAAGCUGAUGGAGGUGGUGCGUCUCCUCCCCCUGCCGUCCACAUCACGGUCCCACUGCUAAAAGCACAACAGCAGGAGGAGGAGGAGGAAGGAGCUGCAGUGUCUCAGAAACCCUGACCACCGGCUUUUCGGUCGGUCGAUCCGUCUGUCUUUCUCCUGUUUGUCGCCCUCUCUGCCUUAAAACUCUUUACUUACUGAAUCAACAGAGAAAAAGCCUUAUGCUGAUUAUAGGUAAUAUAUUGAUUUUUGUUGUUACUGAUGUUGUACAGGUCGAAUGUUUUCACUGUGCAGCCUCCACAGAGACACACACACGUAAAGUGUCUCCUGCAGCUUGUUUAUAUCAGAAAUGAGAUUAAAUGUAAUUUUCACGUCCAAAUUUCCUUUAGUAAGAUGUCAGAAAACAGAGAAAAACUUCCAUCACCAUUUCUACAAUGUCUUCAGAUUUAAACACGUGUAGUUUUUUAGUUUGUUCCAUGUGCCAUCUGUGGGGUUCAUGACCUAUUCUGCAUCCAGCCACCAGGGGGCGAUCUAGAUGAUUUGGCUCCACUUUUGGGAGCCGUCAUAUCGUCCAUCAUUAUUUACAGUCUGGUUCAAACACUAAAAAGCCUUUGUUGCAGUCACUACAUGAGACCCGUGUGCUUUUACCUUGACUGAUGUGGAUUAAACAACCAGACAAAGUCUCCACCCACACUGACGCAUUAUAGUUUUAAAACUCAUCACUGUUGCUAUGGUUUUGCCGGGCAUCCACACUAUUCCUGAGUCUUAGCACUUACUGUCGGUAACACUUCCACCUCGUCGUCGCUCAAAGAACAGAAAUCCCUGCUCUUACUGUCCAGCAUCGCUCUUAGUAGUAGUAGUAGUAAUAGUAGAUAGUAGUAGUAGUAGAUACUUUAUUUAUCCCGAGGGAAAUUCAGGCAUCCAGCAGCAUUUACGAACAUACACACAUUAAACAUACACCAAUCCUACAUUAAAAUAAAAAUACAAAAUUAAAUAUUAAACUAUAAAAACUAGCUUAUGACUGUGCUAAACGGGAACAGUGCAAAUGGAUGUGCAAAUGAAGGUAGAAAUACCUCCCUACCUUGACUAUGAGCUGUUGUACAGUAUGAGGUCCAGGGGGACGAAAGAGUUGUUCAGACACACUCCUCUGCCUGGUCAAGGUGUUGUGCAGUGGGUGGUUGGCGUUGUCCAGUAUGGACAGCAGUUAGUCCAGGGUCCUUUUUUCUGCCACUGUCACCAGAGAGUCCAGUUCUGUGCCCACUACUGAGCCAGCUCUCCUCACCUGUCUGUCCAGUCGACCAGCGUCUCUCUUCUUGCUGCUUCCUCCCCAGCAGACCACAGCAUAAAAGAGGACGCUGGCCACCACAGACUGGUAAAACAUCUGUAAAACAUCUUCCCUCAUGUUGUUGUGCUGCAGCUUCUGUUCUACCUUCCUUCUGUAGUCCUCCUUUGCCUCUCUCACAUGGACCUUGAGUUCCCCCUGUACGCGCUUCAGCUCGUCUCUGUCACCAUCCCUGAAUGCCCUCUUUUUCCUGUUCAGAAUGUCCUUGACAUUACUGGUGAUCCAGGCGUAAGCAGAUCCAGGUUAUGAUCAGACUUACCUCGUUCGUAGUAUUUGUCUGUUACUAAGCAACCAACUGCAGAGUAGACAAUCUGCUUUCUGUGUACAGCGCAUGCACAUGAUCAGUGUCAUGUGAUAUGUGUUUUCAGGUGUGUUAGUGUGGAUGGAUUUUAUUUCUCAUACGCAGCAAAAGGUUUUGUUUUAAAACUCAACAUGUUGGGGUUGAUGUAGCCCGAAGUGCUGGUCAUCAGAUGAUUUCCAAUGACACAAAGUUAUGUUAUUAAAGAGGUUUAUUUGACCCUUAGUUUUGUUUGCUGUAAAAGUCUUCUGUGACAUAGCUUUUAGCGGCUCAAGAGUCGGAUGUUUCCCUCAGGAGGUGAUGGAGACCAGACGCAGAGAUCAGAGGGGGAACACUGGAGGUGGGCACUGCUGGGCAGGGGUUGUGACCUAUACUGUGGCUGACCUUUAUACUUUUGUGAGCUGUCAUGUCGUCCUCAACACAGACGUUUGAAUAAUUUUGACCUUUUGUAAAUUGAGGGAUUAUUAAUCAGCUGACGUCCUGAAUCAGUUCCAUGGAUCUUUUACAGUGUCUGACCCGGCAUAGGUUUUUUUGGUCAACAUUGAGCUGCUCAGUGAAAAUUUCUCUCGGAUCAAUCAUGACCCCGAGUUUCCUGUCGGCCUGUUGCUGAUGGCGUCUGCGCUGUGGUGCUGAUCGCAGGCGGACUGUGUGUGUUUGGUGCCUUUUCAUCUCAUCUGUACAGAAGCCAUACGCUGUUUGGUCAGUGUAAGGUCAGAGUUCACACUGAUAUCUUCUUUAUUCUAAUUUGAGGGACUGAACCAGCUCUCGUUUCAUCACGCUGCCGUGAACACGCAUAGACGCUGAACUCUGAUAAGUCUGACGAGCAGCUGGAGGUGUGACGGGAGCUGAGGGUAAUGUGGUGGUUGAUUGGGGCACCUUUAUAAUUAACCAAUCACAAAAAUCCUAAUAAUGGUUCUUGCCAAAACUGUCCUGCUGCAGGCGUCUCGUUGAAGACGACGUCCUGCAGCACUGUUGAAUGUAUUUCUGCCCACGUACGUAGUUAGUCGAUCAGUCCAGGAGGAUGAUUGAAAAUAGUUUUCCUGUUUUAGCAAAGUUUCGUUCUGGAAUUACAAGCCCUGGUGAUUUGUGGAUGUCUCUGGGGCGUGCAAGGUGCUCUAACUGGAGGAAACCUGCAGACAACGCUCAGGGCUAAAAAAUACGUCCCUGAACUAUUCUGCACUUUCAGAUUAAAAACUUUUAUUUCCAGAUAAUUCUCCUGAAGGAGGCUGCAGUUGAUCCAAGAUAACCCAGUGACACAAACAGAAAUAAAACAUCAUAUUAGGUGUCACAUAUUCAUCAGAGAAAUUAUGACAUUCAUGUUUGUUAUAAAGCAGCAUUUGUAUUAGAUAAAAAAAAAGAUUAAAGCAGUUCUCAGUUUGUGAUAAUUUGUUGAAUCACAGAUUUGAUUGUUAAACCUUCAUUAUGAACUGAUGCUGAGGCCACAUCAGUUUUCACAUCAUUUAUUUUCUUGGUCUAUUGAUUUAUUGAUUAGGGUGUAAAGCUAAACCAUCGAAACCUCUGAAAUAUUUAGUUUAUACUGAUAACAAACAUUUGAGCAGCAGGACCAGAGAAUAUUUGUCACGUACGCUUAUUAAAAAGAUCAAAAUACUUAAAACUGAAUUUUCUAACGAACAAUCAUUGGCAACUCUUUGUACGUCUCAUGUCGAGGUGAGUCAAGAUCUGGUGUUAAAGGAGAGUUACAGUAUUUUUCAGCCAUAAAAAGUAGAUCCAUCUGCAGGAGGGUAGUUCUGUGUUUUCCACAGUUUCUUUCUUUCUUUAGUUUUCCCUAAAGUUCAUUUAACGACAAAGAAUUGUGCCUAAUCAAAUUAACACAACCUGUGAAAAAAACUGUUGUGGAGAAUCAUAAUUUCCACUCAUAGUUUUGACCAUUACAUUUUUUUUUCACAAACAAUGAACAAAAUCUGAUUGUGAAAAACAUUUUUGGGGAAUUUAGACUUCUACUUCAAUCAUGAGAAAAAAUUAAGUUUAAGGUUUUUUCAGUUUUAACGUCUCAAACAUUUUAAAUGUUAUAAACUCAUGAAACUGAGUGAUGAUUGAUAAAUGAUGCCUUGAUAUUUUCUCCUUCACAUUGACGAGACAAAAGAAAAAGUUUUGUGUUUAUUAUAAGUAUCAACGUUUUUUUUCCCUGAUUAACUGAAUCAAACUGAAGGGAUUAAAAAAAAAAGAUUUUAUUUUUCAUUUUGUUAUUUUUUCUCUUUUCGGAAAAAUAAUGAUCAGACAAUAUAUGUCUGAUGGGGACUUUAAAUUAUAUAUUAAUAUGUCAGUUUUUUUAAAUGUGGAAAUGAAAGGUUGGUCUCUUGGGUUUGUUAUUUUCUUGAGUGGUGGUGAACGAGCAGGAAGAGGAAUCAGCAGGAAGCUAUUGUGACAGCCAAUCAGAGCUGUUCUCUGCUCAGUUAGAAAUAUUAUAAUAACGUUCAAUAUAAAAUCAAAUUCAUCAAAGUGUUUAAAUUAGAACUUGUUUAUCACAGAAGCUAAAAGCUCUCAUAUAUUAUUAUUAUUAUUAUUAUUAUUAUAUUUUAACCAUGGCAUGGAUAAUAACUGUAUAAAUAUUAUAUCCUGAGAAAACAUUGCGGACGCAUGUUUAAUUAAAAACAAAUGUUGAGAUGACGAGACCACAACACGCUUACAGGAAUAAAAGAUAUAAUCUGGAGACUUUAUUUUUCUCAAAAAGAUAAUCUUUUGUUUUUAUGAGAUAAUUAACAUCUGAUCUUGAUUUAACAGAAUAAAAUAUUAUAAAUUAUAGCCACGGCUGCUCAGGGCUUCCAAAAAUCGCCCGUAAGUUUGUGUACAAUGUAAUUCUUUUUCAUAAUAUUGAGGAUAACUAAAUUCACAGAAUUUUCCAUAUUGUUUAUUGACAGAGUUGCACAGAGCUUAACAUGUUUCACAGUUAAAUAUUGUUAUCUUUCAAAAACAUAAAAAACAAUGUAGAUAUUCAAAAUGGCUUAUGAGCAAACACAUUUUCAACUUUUAAUUUUGAAGCAAAAUGGAGAAUUUUUUAAAUUUUAUUUUAAUUUUUUUAAAAUUUGCAAUUCUGUUGAAUCUGUUUUUCAGCUCAGUCUUUUUUUUUUACUUCCUCUUCCUGCCUGGAAGUUUGUUUUGUUCAUAUGAAAUCUGUCCAGUGGGAAUCGGACAGACUUUAUCACUGCACUUUUAGUUUGCAGUUUGAUUGUUGAUUUGUACCAAUGCCUCUGAAUUUGUAAAUAUACUUCUCUUGGUAAAGUUUUAUAUAAACAAGGACGUGGACUCAAAAA